GUUUUUGUUUUUAUUAUUUUUCAGGUGGCUUUUUCUCAAGUAUAUUUUCUAGUCUGUUUGGAACUCGGGAAAUGAGGAUUUUAAUUUUGGGAUUAGAUGGAGCAGGAAAAACUACAAUUUUGUACAGAUUACAGGUUGGAGAAGUCGUUACUACUAUUCCUACUAUUGGAUUUAAUGUAGAGACAGUGACAUAUAAAAACCUUAAAUUCCAAGUCUGGGAUUUAGGAGGACAGACAAGUAUCAGGCCAUACUGGAGAUGUUAUUAUUCAAACACAGAUGCAGUCAUUUAUGUUGUAGAUAGUUGUGACCGAGAUCGAAUUGGCAUUUCCAAAUCAGAGUUAGUUGCCAUGUUGGAGGAAGAAGAGCUGAGAAAAGCCAUUUUAGUGGUGUUUGCAAAUAAGCAGGACAUGGAACAGGCCAUGACUCCGUCAGAGAUGGCAAAUUCCCUUGGAUUACCUGCCUUGAAAGACCGAAAAUGGCAAAUAUUCAAAACGUCCGCAACCAAAGGCACUGGCCUCGAUGAGGCCAUGGAAUGGUUAGUUGAAACAUUGAAAAGCAGACAGUGAUUCAGUCAGUUCCGCUCAUCUGAAAUGAAGGCUGCAUUACAUGCCCCUUUGGAAACAGUCCUGUGUACUUCACACUUCCAAAUGUUAAAGUCGUCUCGUGUAUACUGAACUGACCGCAGCGUUUGUAAUAAAUACGAAAAAUAAGUAUGUGGUUGGAGGAGUAACUCAGUUGAAUCAUAUGAAUGUUCUAUAUAAUGUAUAAUAUUCCUUCCUCACCUGUGUUAAGGUAUAUAUUCUAUUUGUAUGGAAUUCUUAUUCAAAUAUAAUCCUAUUAAAGAAUGCACUCUUGUUGCAGGGGAAAACCCCUCCUAUUUUUGAAUUAGUGGUUGCAGCUUGUUUGUAUAAACACUAACAAAUAUAUUAAUUCAUAUUUUUCUU